CAAUGAAUAUGGGAGAGUCUAGCCGAGAGGAGCUGCUAAUGCCUCUAAGGGCGGAUUUAUUUGGGUUAUCGUGAAAUUUGUACAGAGUAGAGAAACAUAUUUAAAACAAUAAGUUUUUUUUGUGUUUUUUUACUGGUGGACUUUCAUCAGCCCGAAUAAUUCCAGCCUGUCUUCGACUCUCGGGAGAGUUUAGUUGUCUGGUCGAUCGUAAUGUCGCUCAGGGGCUAAUCCUUGGACUUCAUUCAAUACUAAUUCAACUCGAGGCGCUUCGUUUGGGCGAGCCGAACUGAUUUAACAACCACACGCGAGAAUGACAGAAUACAAGCUGGUAGUUGUUGGGGCUGGUGGCGUUGGGAAAAGUGCACUGACCAUCCAGCUUAUUCAGAAUCACUUUGUAGACGAGUAUGACCCCACUAUUGAGGAUUCUUACAGAAAGCAGGUUGUGAUUGACGGAGAGACGUGUUUGCUGGACAUCCUGGACACCGCAGGUCAGGAGGAGUACAGUGCCAUGAGAGACCAGUAUAUGAGGACAGGAGAGGGCUUUCUGUGUGUGUUUGCCAUCAACAACGCAAAGUCCUUUGAGGACGUACAUCUUUACAGGGAGCAAAUAAACCGUGUCAAAGACAGUGACAAUGUCCCGAUGGUGCUGGUGGGGAACAAAAGUGACCUGGCCUCUCGUACUGUAGAGACGCGUCAAGCCCAAGAGCUCGCCAGAAGUUACGGGGUCCCGUUUGUCGAAACAUCUGCCAAGACGCGACAGGGAGUUGAAGAGGCAUUUUACUCUCUCGUGCGGGAGAUCCGAAGAUACAAGGAGACGAACCGCAGCAAUAAGAAGAGCAAAAAGCACACACAGAGACGUUGCACUCUUUUAUAGCGAUACACGCAUACAGCCUCGCACUGCACCCCCCUGUGAUAGCAAUGCACUCAAGGUUACAGACACACACACACACACACACACACACACUACUGUAGCAUUACACACACAUACACACCCCAUUUCCUUUUCUUACCACUCUCUCUUUCGCCACCAGCCUUUGAGGAAUAGGAACCUGACUGGCUAUUGUAUGUGUUUGUAUGUAUGUGAGCAUGAGACCUCAAUGAGAAUCGAGCAACUGUGGAAUUGAUUUGGAAAAGACAUUUUUUGAUGUGACUAUCAAACUUGGAUAAAAUUUUCUCGAGUGGACUCAUUAACCUUAUGCUGCUGCUUCCCCUUCUGUGCUAAAAGGACCUGAUGUGUGUCAUAGUUUUACAGUCGUACUUUAGAAUCACAGCAGCAAGGAACUUUGACCUUUAUAACAAAUUAAUGAGGUGGUGAAGGGAUAUACUUUAAGUCGGUAAUGGGUAACUCUUUUUAAGUAAGCCUGAUCAUGUCUAAUGUCCUCAAAACUUCGUGAGCCAAUCAGCACAUCCGCUUGGUUCUGUUAACGGUGGUCGGGAAUGAGGAAGCUCAGAAGUCCCCUAAAGUUUUUGUGGCCUGUGGGAAAGCACAGUAGAACAAGUGGUCACCGCAUUCAAAACCACUAAUAUAAUGUUUUGUACUCCUUAAGAAGUGUUUCCACCUCAUGCAUUGUGGGAUUUAUCUAGAAAAUGUUUUCAGUACUUGCUAAAAAUGUCAUUUCACCAUCAAAGGGGGUUUCUUUUAUUUUCACCAUUUUUCUUUGCAUUCGUCACCAUCCCAGAAUUCAUUUCUCCCUAGGUUUUUAUUGUUCUCAUGGCUUGGACUAAAACUGAACUGUCCUACACAUAAUGUAGGUCUUCUAUAAUUAUAAAAUUCAGAAAAAUCAAGCUCGCUUUUUUAUUUUUCCCAGCAGUAUUUUAAGGUAUAAUCCUGUAUUUUUGUAAAAGUUAAUAUUGAACCAUUUCAGUACACAUACCAGCAUUGUAUUGGACAUUAACAUUUCAUGUAGUAUUAAUACUACAUAAUAAUGUAAUAGUUAUUAUUACAAUUAUUACAUAAUAAUGUAAUAAUUGUGUAAAAUGCCAGUUGUUCCCACCUGUGAUGAGGCUUGGUUGGGUAGGGCAAUACAUUUUUUUCCUGUUUCUCUGUUUUAUUUUUUAGAUUGACUGGAGAGACAGUAAUAGUUUUGGUUCAGGCUAAACAUGUGACCAAAACUUGUGAUGCAUUCCCUUUGCCACAUUGAUAACUGUAGUUAUACGUUUUGUGAAUAAAGAGACUUUUGGCCAGA